AUGGGUGUUCCCAAAUACUUUCGAUGGCUCUCUGAGCGUUAUCCGAUGAUCAUGCAAUUGGUCGAGGAAAACAAGAUUCCAGAGUUUGAUAACCUGUACUUGGAUAUGAACGGUAUCAUACAUAACUGCUCGCAUCCGCGGGACGACGAAGCGACGUUCCGCAUUACAGAGGAAGACAUCUUUUUGGGCAUCUUUGGCUACAUUGAGCACCUCUUUUCCAAGAUCCGUCCCCGCAAAGUCUUUUUCCUUGCUAUAGAUGGUGUCGCCCCGCGCGCAAAGAUGAACCAACAACGUAGCCGUCGUUUCCGGACCGCACAAGAGGCAAAAGAGAAUGUGGAAAAAGCGGUCCGGCGAGGGGAGAAGCUGCCCGAUUCGGAUCCAUUUGACUCCAACUGCAUUACUCCGGGCACGGUAUUCAUGCACAAGCUGCAGCACCAGCUGGAAUACUUUAUUGCGAAAAAGGUGUCGGAGGACACCAACUGGCGCGACGUCCACGUCAUUCUUUCUGGCCACAACACGCCCGGCGAAGGCGAGCAUAAAAUUAUGGAAUACAUUCGCACCACCAAGGCACAACCCGGAUAUAAUCCCAAUACCCGCCAUUGUCUUUAUGGUCUCGAUGCCGAUCUGAUCAUGCUUGGUCUUCUUACCCACGAUCCUCAUUUUGCGCUGCUCCGCGAGGAAGUUGUGUUUGGCCCUCAGCGCACGAAAAAGAACAGUGCGCUGGAGCACCAAACGUUUUACUUGCUCCAUAUAUCUCUCUUACGCGAGUACCUUGCGCUUGAGUUUGAUGCACUGCGUGAAAAGCUUCCGUUUGCUUUUGAUCUCGAAAAGAUUAUCGACGACUACAUCCUCCUGCACCUCUUUGUGGGCAACGAUUUCCUCCCGCACUUGCCCGGCCUUCAUAUCAACGAAGGCGCAAUCCAGCUCUUGUUUGACAUAUAUCGCAAGGUCUUGCCUAGCGCCGGCGGCUACUUGAACGAGCAGGGCAUACUUCAGCCCGCGCGUCUCCAGCUCAUCCUGCGCGAGCUCUUUGGCCUCGAGCGCAACAACUUUGUCCGCGAUCACAUGCCCGACCUUGACCAAAAAAAGCAGCCGAAAAAGAGGGCGCGGAAAAAAGAAAAGCAGGCGAUGCACAUCACGCCGCGACAGCGCGACUGGGUGACGCAAAUCCACACCUUCAUCACGGCGUACGAUGCCGCCCCCGACGCUGCACCUUCUGAGACGAAAUUUCCAGCGAACCUGGAUGCCAAGGAUGCCGAGUUCCUUGCGGGCCUUGCCAAUGCACUUGGCUUGUCCAUGGUUAACAAUGAGUACGAUCCUGUGGAGGAUGUAACAAACACGUUGGUGACUAUCGACAAGCAGAAAAUUCCGCGCGAUGAUGGCAUGGCCCACGACGAAGCAUUUCCCAUGGAGCGCCAGCAUGCAGUGCGCCAAGUGCUUGCGCCGUAUCUCGGCGCGCGCGUAGACGGCGCUGCAGACAAGACAGAGGACACUGAGCAGGAGACAGAGGUAGGAGAGGACGAAGAGCAAGUCGAGAGCUGCAUGCGCGAAGAGAAAAUCGACCGCAGCCUAGUCGCGUGGAAAGCGCACUACUACAAGUCCAAGCUGGAGAUGGCGUACACCCCCGAAAAUAUCCACGAUCUUGUAUUCAACUACAUUGAAGGCUUUCAGUGGGUGCUGCACUAUUACUACGAAGGCAACGCCUCCUGGGGUUGGUUUUACCGCUACCACUACGCGCCGCAAGUAUCGGACCUGGACAAGAUUGCGGAGUUCCGCUUUGACUUUGUGCGCGGCACGCCGUUCCUUCCUUUCGAGCAGCUCAUGGGCGUCCUGCCACCGCUCAGUCGCAAACUGAUUCCCGGUGCGAUGCAGGAACUCAUGACGGACCCUACCUCGCCCAUCCUCGACUUUUACCCGAUGGAUUUCGAGGCGGACUUGAACGGAAAAAAGAACAGCUGGGAGGCGGUAGUCAAGAUUCCUUUUAUCGACGAGCAGCGUCUGCUUGCCGCGAUGCAGCUUCGUGCCGGCGGCUUGUCGGAGGAGGAAAAGCAGCGCAACACACACGGCCCUCCCAAGUCGUUCAAGUUUGACGCAAUGUUCACCCACGUUUAUCCAUCCAGUCUUCCAGGCUUUUUCCCCGACCUCCAUGAGAAUCAUGUGCGUGUAGAGCUGUACGAGCUUCCUUCUAUGGAGGGCCGCUCCUACCUCAAGACGCUUCCUGAAGGCGUCAUGGUCGGCGCGGAUGCCAUGCCUGGUUUUCCUACACUCUGGACACUUCCUUUUGCGCACAAGCUCGCCAACUUUGGCGUAAAUGUGCACGGCAGCGUGAGCAGUGCGCCGACCAUGGUCAUCACGAUCCAGCCCGUAGCAGCGCCCGCCCUGGAGCAGCUGGCCCAAACUGCGAUCGGCGCGCCGACCUUUACUGGAUGGCCAUUUUUGUUCGAAGGGAUCGUAGCGGGCGUAUCUGACCCCACCUACCACUACGCCGCCGCGCUCGACAAGGACAAGGCUGUGCACAUCAAGCGCCUGCGCUCCGAGAAUGAAGGCCCAGACGCGUACAAGCGACAAGUCGAGAAAGUGCGCUCACACUAUGCGAAACGCUACGGUGUUGUGAUUGGCAACACACCUGCACUGCUGCAUGUGCGUCCCUUGCGUGGCCUGCAUCGCCUGCCUAACGGUGCCAUUGUGAAAGACUACGAGUCGGAGCAUCGCGCUGAAAUUUGCUACCCGCUGCAGCUUAUGGUCGCAAAUGUCACGCACCAGGACACCCGUUUCUUGGAACGCCCGGGUCUUUCCAUCGGAAGCGAGUUCCCUGAUGGCACCAAAGUAUUCUACUUGGGCGACCCUGGCUUUGGCUGUCCAGCGCGUGUGAUUGGCACCACGUCCAAGUCUGUCGCGGUUGAACUCGCAUUCCUGACCGACCUCGCACAGGAAAAUAUGCUCCUGCGCAAACUUGUGCGCGAGCGCGCGCAUGAGCCAUACUAUGCCGCUGCCAAGGUUGCUGCAGGCCUGCGCGUCAACUCGCUCGCAUUUGCCAAGCUCACGAGCAGUGUCGUGAUUAGCAGCAGCAACACCAAGAUCAACAUUGGACUGAACCUCAAGUUCGAAGCCAAGGGGCGCAAAGUGCUUGGCUACACACAGCGCGGGCUCUAUGGCUGGGAGUACAGCGACAAGGCCAUUCAGCUCAUCCAGGACUUUGUGGAAAAGUUUCCUCAGGUGCCCAAAGCGCUCGCACGGCCCCCGCGCGACGGCGAAUACUACCAGGCAAGCGAGAUCUUUGUGCAGGACACCGACGCGCGCAUCAAGGAGCUCCGUGCGUACCUCAAAAAGAACGUGUGCGAUUUGGAGGACGUGCCGCUGUAUGCAGAGCAGCUUCCGCGCACCUUGAUUGCCACGCUCGAGACUGCCGUGCUUGUCCUGGCCAAGAAGCGUUCGGAGGCCGACGGGCCGAGCGUGCGUCGACAAAUCCUGCGCGACUUGCCGCGCCAGGCACUGCUCAAGCCCGAGCAGGCGCAGUACCGUGUGCCUGAACAAUCGUACGAGCUGGGCGACCGCGUGGUAAAUGUGCUCGACUUUGGCGCAAUUCCGCUGGGCGCCAAGGGCACCGUGAUUGGGAUCGGUACAGACGCCAUCGACGUGGUGUUUGACGCGCCGUUCCUUGCUGGCAAUACACUCGGCGGCGCGUGCUCAAACUACCGCGGCGCGACGGUAGGACGCGCGCAUGUGCUGAACCUCACUGUGCCACAGCUCGCGACCAAGUGGGGAAACGAGAUGGACGCGACAGAGGAAACGACGCCGAUUGCACGCACGCUGCUAUCGAGCAAGCCGCCGAGCAACAAACCCACCGCGCCGCCGAACCGUCCCAAGAACUUUUUCGACGCGGCACCGGCCCGGCAUGCCAAGCCUGGGAUCGGUGCACGCGCGCAGACGAGCAAAGGCGUACAUGCAGUGGCGCAGCACCUCGAAACGCUCUCGAUACAUGCCCAGCGCUCGCGCGUCCAGAAGCCCAAGCAGGCGCCUUCGAGUGUCUGGCAGCGAAGGGAGCGGGGAGCGGGGAAGCCGCGCGAGUAG